AUUAGUGUAAUAAUGCAACUUUGGUGCCGUGUGCAACUGCCUAUUUAAAUCAACGAAUAUCACAGAAUCCGUAAUUGCAGGUGCUUCUGUUUUACAGAAGGGCGAUCAUCAUGUGGAAGAUAAUAAUAUUGUGCUCAGUCUUGGGCCUAGUGGCCGCCGAACAGGCUACUUUUGAAAACUUUAAAGUCUUCCGAGUUGCCACAACUACAAAAGAGCAAGUUGAUUCACUCAAUCAAUUGACAUACGAUUCAUCAGAUGGAUUCAACUUUUGGAAGCUACCGAGUCUGAACAAACAGGCGGAAAUUAUGGUGGCUCCGCACAAACUGCCCGAAUUCUACGAAAUAAUGACGAAACUCCAAAUACCACAUGAACUUUACAUCAAGAAUGUUCAGGAAUUGAUCGAUCAAGAAGAACCAGCAACUGCAGCGAUAGGGUUCAAUUUUAGAGCCUACCAUCCUCUCGAGAGUAUUUAUAAAAAUUUGGACGACCUGGCCAGCCAAUAUCCCGACAAAGUAAAAGUUGUUGUAGGAGGCAAAUCAUACGAAGGCCGUCCGAUCAAAGGUGUCAAGGUUUCAUUUAAAGCCAAUAACCCCGGAAUCUUUCUCGAGGGUGGCAUCCACGCCAGAGAAUGGAUCUCGCCGGCGACUGUCAUGUAUAUUCUGCAUCAAUUGCUGACUAGCAACGAUCCGGAGGUCAGAGAUUUGGCUGAGAGUCAUGAUUGGUACAUCUUCCCCUCGUUUAAUCCUGAUGGAUACGUAUACACCCAUACCAGAAAUCGUAUGUGGAGAAAAACACGUAAGCCAUACGGAAUCUUCUGUUACGGCAGUGACCCCAACAGAAACUGGGAUUACCAGUGGAAUGUUGUUGGCGCCAGUGAUUCCCCAUGCUCUGAGACCUUUGCUGGAAGUGCAGCGUUUUCCGAAAUUGAGACAAAGAGCAUGUCUGAAUAUAUUAGGUCUAUUUCCAAAAAUAUCUAUGCGUAUAUUGCGUUCCAUAGCUACUCGCAACUAUUGAUGACACCAUACGGUCAUACAGAAGAACAUCUUGAUAACUAUAAUGAUUUGAAAGCUAUAGGCUUGAAAUCAGCUGCAGCUCUUGCGAAGAGAUAUGGAACUAAAUACCAAGUUGGAAAUAUUGCUGAGAUAAUCUAUCCAGCUUCUGGAGGUUCUAUGGAUUGGGUUAAAGGUACUUUUGGUAUACCUAUCGCCUAUACUUAUGAAUUGCGCGAUCAGGGUCGUUACGGUUUUGUAUUGCCGCCUUCGCAAAUUAUCCCGACUGGACAAGAAACUUUGGACUCUCUUGUAGCCAUGUUUAAAGGAGCAAAAGAACUUGGAUACCCCAAAUAAUUAAAGUUAACUCCUUGUAAAUAAUAUUAUUGAAUAAUAUUAUUGUUUGACAAUUUGUUAAUUUUUCUUACAACACUGUGUAAUCUAUAAUAUAAUAAUAAAUCUUGCCAUUUUUGUUUUCAAUUGCAUACAAUGAAUUGAAACUUAAA